UAUGGGUGGAGUUGGUCAACUUGUCACAGAGCGCAUCUUACCCAUCGUUUUUUCCAGCUCCGCAGAUCGAUAAGCAUGCAGGUGUCUCUCGCGCUCCUUGUCUCCAGCACCGUGCUGUUGCUGCUACAGGGAUGUUGUACCUUCGUGCAAGGAUGGAGGGUGCUAAAAAACGAUGCUACAGAGAUCGUACCAGAAUAUACUGAAGACAUACAUCCUCCCGAGGAACCAAUACUACAGGCUUCUAAUAAUAACAGUAAUACAAUGAAUCGACCAAAACACGGGGGAAGGAGAUCAUCAGCAAACACAGCCUCCUAUAGUGAGUAUUUAUUUUUACGUUAUCUGGUAGGCUACAGAGCUAUAAAUGAAUAGAGGAUGUGUUACAUGUCCAUAUUCGGGGCGCAUUAUGAAUACUUGUAAUAAUUACUUGCAUUACUUGUAAAACAUGUAAAACACCCGUAGCCUAUUAUGUGAGAUUGGUAUAGAGAAACGAUGUAUCUGUAUGGAUAGUCUUUAAUCAAUUUAAUGGAAUACAUUGGGAUUUUGUUUAAUCAAUCUAAUUAAUAUUUCCUUCGAAUUUUACUGUAACACAUAGUUUGAAUUAUUAGUAGGCUACUUAUAUCAAAUCGAAGAGUUUAAAAUAAACUGCGUGGAAUAGUGCUAAUAUCUCAUGGAGAUCUAUGUGCAAUAUGCUCUCGUGCAUAAUAUGCGCAAUCAUUUGGUGAAAAAAUUGCAUUUUCAUUUUAUGGUAAACGGGGUCGUUUUGACAAUAUCUAAUAAUCUGUCAUGUUAUAUAUGUUAGAUAGAUAAGGCAUUAUUUUUCAAGCACCGAGUUAUUGGACCGUCAGCACUGUUCAAAGAGAGCGCACUGCUCAUUUCUCAGGAUAGCGUGUCAUCCUUUACGCACGGGUUAAUUCGUUUCUGUCAAUUUGCAAGACCACACACGUCCUUUUAAUCAUAAAACAUGCGCAAAGUAUCGAUGAAAAUAUCAAUGUAUCCUAUAGUCUCUGUAGAAUAAUGAUACCUCACCUGUGUGGUUUAUGUAGAUCAUUAUGCCAAUAAUAACCAAAUAAAUCCUCCAAAGACCACCCAGAAUAAUUUCUCAUUUAAUUUAUGAAAGUGCUGAGAAGUGCUAGUUUCUGUAUGUAGAAUAGUUCAUAUCAAAUCAUGGGUAAAGAGUCAACCUUCAGUGGCUGUUUUAAAUUGCAGCUUUCCCUGCUGAUGCUUUACACUGGUGUUUAGACUGGAACAUCUGUACUGUUCAAUGGAGGAAGUAGGAUUGGGGUUAGAUGAAUGCUAUGCCAAGGCUGAGAGAGCAACAUGUCACAGACACAUAAUAUGCCUGUGGUUUCAUCCUCACACAAUCUGAAGAGCUGCACUUAUAAGAGAUCAUGGUUUUCACUCUAUCCUUGGUGCUAUUUCCCUCUCUUUUAUACAACUAAUUAGUCAAGGUCUGCCUAUGCCAUAACUAUUUAAUUGCAACAACAUGUGUCCAAAUAGAAAAUCCAAGAGUUUCUGCUCUUAGGGGAUUUCUUCAGGGUAUUUGGAAAUUGCAACACUGUGAUAGAGAAUGAGUCCCACCUGUGGCCAGUAAAGGUUAUGCUGUAGUCAUGCUGAUUUGUACAGAGGAAAUAUCUCUGAGUGCCUUGUCUCAUGGAUUCAAGAUGCACAAUAUCAUUCUUGCCCAGUUUUCCCCUUAUCUAAUCAUGUCAUGUCAAAUCUAAUAGAAGUUGUACAUAGAGUAAAAAUUACAAAUGUUGUGAUUAGGAUAUAAAAUACUGUAAUGAUGGAUGUGAUCAAUUUAACAUAAUACUUUAAAUCCAUAAACAACAGAUACAUAAGUAGGAUCUUAAUUUGAGACAGUUUGCUACAGCAGGAAAAUAAUCCUGCAGCAACAGGAAAUGUAAUUUCUAAUGUAGAUUAUAAUUAAUUAGCAUUUUUGUAGGGGUGAUACAUUUUUCGUAAGGGGAAAUCAAGUCAGAAAUGUCAAAGUGGAAAUUACAAACUUCAGAAGGCUUUUUAAACCUCAAACACUAUACAUUUUAAAUUUCCUGCACCAGGGUGAUCAGAUUAAGAUCCUACACCUGGUAGGGUUGGAAGAACAUGCAUCUUUCUAAAUAUCUUAUACUGAGCAAUAUCCAUCAACAGAGAGAGAGAGAGAAAUAAUAAUCUAUUGGGUCAUGUCAUAUGUGAUAGGGAUCUUCCUCAUAGGCAUAUCUGCCUCUCUCUGGGAGGACCAUAUCUUCCCAUUAUUCUUCCCAUGGUCCCAGUGGGGUCAUUGAGGCAGAGAGGGUGACCUCUGUCUGGCUCCCCUCCAGGACAGUCCCUCCCUGGUCCCUGGGCUCAGCAGUCAGCACACUGGGAGAGACCUGAGACCAGGGGAGAGCCCUUAUGCUGUGGCCGCCCGACCUGCCGAGCCACAAAAUAACACCAGAUCAGGUUCUCUGAGAGGAGAAAAAAGUAAACCUUCCAUAAAUCCUUUUGUUCGCCUUUUUGUAAUAGAAAAGCCACAGAAGAAAACAGAUCCGUCUCAGAGUGUAUAAUUUCUUAAACGACAUGUCCUCUGCCAUUCUAUAUGCCACUUGUAAAACAAGAGGACAAUAACUCAUGCAUAGGGCUGUUGAAAAGGCCAUGGCCAAAAUAUUGAGUUACCAAUUAUGCACUGAAUAUGCUCUCUCGAUUGCUUUGGUUCAUUUGGCUCAUUUCCAAUUGUCAAAUGUUGUAUUUAGGAAUGAAAAUACUUGUUGUACAACAAGCAUUUAGAGAAAGUUUCCAAUCUUCACAUCCUUUUUCCGGAGGGCCUGUUUUGUGUAUUUUAGCUUUUGUUCCGACUUAAAUCUCCAUUAUGUUUGAUUGAGCUGUUUAAUAGCAUUCUGGUCUGGAUUUGCUAUCAGCUGAUUGCUGCCAGCUGGAAUUCCACAUCCAACCAUUGUCAGGCAACAGUCAUUAUCAGAUCAUGCAUCAACGUUAGUGUUGAGUUGUAACUCCCCCCCCCCCCCCCCCCCCCCCCCCCCCCCCCUUAUACUGAGCCCUUAAUUUUGAAUUGGAUUUGUAUAUCAGCAUUGCAUUUAUUUCAUUACUGUAUGAUAUAGCCCACAGUUAAAAUUCUUUGUAAAAAGUGCACUAUGCAUUAAGAAAUUCUAAAUGUUAUGUUUUUCUGAGUGGUGAAACGGAAGGAAGAGUUUAUGAACAUUUCAGAUGAAUUAAAUUCAGACUCAUGUUCCAUUUCCUAGCCCAGCUCCACGCAUGCAAACAAACCAAGUUCUUAGAAUAAACAAAUAACAUUAUACGCACAGUGGGAACCAUACUUUUGACACUGACACAUUUAUUCAGCACAUCUCACGGAGACACAGCUGUCAAAGCUCUCUGCUCUUGAAUAGUUAAAUGGAAGAUUGUUUCCUCGAAUCGGCCCGACUUCAAAGUGUUUGGUUUGGAGUGAUGCCACAGAGUAUGUAACCUUGAUAUCCUCCUCUUCACCCCAGGUGCCUCGGAGCUGAGCUGCAGGGAGCUGCGCUCCACCCGUUACAUCACUGACGGCUCCUGCCGCAGUGCCAAGCCCGUUAAGGAGCUGGUGUGCUCGGGCCAGUGCAUGCCCACCCACCUCCUACCCAACUCCAUCGUGCGCGGCAACUGGUGGCGGAGCAGCGCUUCUGACUACCGCUGCAUCCCGGCCCACUCCCGAACCCAGCGGGUGCAGCUGCAGUGCCCCAACGGUAACAGCCGGACUUACAAAAUCCGCGUGGUCACCUCCUGCAAGUGCAAGCGCUACAGCCGCCACCACAACCAGUCGGAGGCCAAGGAGGCCUCCUCUUCGCCCAAGCCCAGACGCAACAAGAAACACACCCGGCUGCCCGGGAGUCGGAGCAAGAGCAACACACCAACGCUGGUCAGCAACUCAUACUGAGGAUUCCUUUCCUUCCAUACAAGGACAGAGACCAAAGUAGCACACUCGCUCAUACAUACGCACAUGUUACACACAACCCAACACGGCUCCUUCAUUGGAAGAGGGAGAAGAAGAGACAUUUCAACAAAAAGGGAUUUGUAAAGCUGUUUGUUUGACUAGCUUGACAUGCGUCUUUCUCACCAGACAGGCACUGUAGAUUUUGCAGCCUAUUUUCGAAAAUAUUUCAGAACUUUUGAUUUGCAUGACCAAAUGAUUCGACAGAGAAUGCCAGGGAAGGUCAUGUGACUGGUCAGGAAAGGUGGAUCACUGCUAGGAUUGGAGUGUAGAUUACAUGCUCCAGUUCAUAGAUAACGGCCUCUGACUCAGGCACAAGCAGAAUCCACCUUAGCCACAGUAAGAGGUGCACCUAAACUCAAAACCCACCUGUGAAAACAUCCAGCGGGCAGGCUCCACUGCUUGAUAGGCCUAUAGGGUUGAAAGGUGUCUCUAUGCUGUAACUGGUUAUAAUCCAUCUCUUCCAUGGCUGUGUGUACUGUACUGUAGCAGCAUGUGGUAGCCCUGGGGCUUCAGGCUCUGGAGGUGGGCUGCUGACAGGCCUGAGAGGCCUUGGCCUCGACCCCAGACCACGCAGUCUCAUGACAGCCCGGGCAGCACCUCACUCACCAGGAGCCUCCCAGGGCCCUCCUCGCUCCGUAGCAGCCUUACAGGAGCUGUCAGUUAGGGCCCCUGGCCCAGUGGCCCUAGAUCCCCUGUGAGAGAGAAAGAGGGAGAGAUAGGCAUAGGGAGAGCAAGAGAAGGGAAAUGGUUGUGUCAGCACUCCAAGACCAGGGUCCCUUCAGUCAAACAGGCGACUGGGCAUUCCUGUGACUCGUCUUAAUGACUAAAUGAGCCCAUUCCUGUGUUUAGGAUUUCCCCUAGACAUGGCUGGUUGCUGUUUGCAGGAAUCACACACACACACAAAAGGUCCACGUGUGGAGGAGUAAUUGUGCCUGUUGUUACCUUCUGGCACAGCAUUCUCCGCUAAACCCACACUGACUGGAACUAUUUGUUAGCAGCAAAUAAUAUUGGCGACCAACCAGCCAUAUCCCUAUUAUAUUAAUUGUGAACCUAGAGUGUGAGGGAGAAAAAAAUAUAUUCUCUGACUCCCAGCCCCAUUCUCUGAAUAGCACUGACAGGAAAGAUAGGAAUGAGAUAAAUACUGAAUCUAAAUCUGAAUUGUUUUAUAUUGGCUGUUGAUAUCCUGCAGGAUGUAGACAGACAGAAAUAGACAGAAAGACAGACAGACAGGAAAAGGUUUUGGAUGCCCAGUCUGCCCAUGCUGACAACCCAUUCCCCUUUUUCAACCCUACUACGGACUGGCCUGUAUUUAAUGAAGAAUAUUCAUAACGUUUCCGCUUAUUGUCCACAUUUCAUUGUUCCAUUCUCUCAUAUUGCUUCCUGAUUUCAGUUUUCUAAACUGUACUGAAAAUGUUUCCUUCUUGUUCAAUUGUGUGUUUGAAAUAGCAACUGGAAGGGAUUUUGUCAUAUAAGUACAGUUGCGAUGUAUAACUUGAUUGUACAUAUUGUACCCGUAUUGGCUAAAAGGAGUUGGGGGGAAAAAAACGUUGCAGCCUCAAAGAAAUGAACUGCAUAUUUAUUUUUUAUUUCCACAUUUAAAUUAUUUAUGCAACUUUUUAUAGUAAAUGAUAGCCAUUAUUGUCAUAUAGAAUAACAGUGACUUUCAGAUAAUAAUGAAAUACUGUACAGUACACAAAUAAAGUAAAGGCAGA